AUGCAGGAAUUAGAGGGGUUUGCUAUGCCCAGAAAAUCCUAUGUUUUUGAUGGCUUUGCCCUCUUAUGGGGCAUGCUCUUUUCUGGAAUAUUCCUCACAAGUACACCAGUGAUGGCUUGUCCUACAAGCUGUCACUGCAUAGAAAAGAGCGGCAUGACUGUGGUCCAAUGUAUGUCUCGCAACUUGGAGAAGAUCCCAUCAGAUAUUCCAAGAGAUACUGUGGUCCUCCUUUUGGCAUCCAACCACAUAACCCAUAUCCCUAACCACGCCUUCAAAGAACUGAACUACCUUCAGGAGUUGGACCUGUCAAACAAUGAUAUUGAAACUGUGGACGUUGGAGCAUUUCAAGGUGUUUCUGACAGCCUCCUUGUUUUGGAUUUAUCAAACAAUCAUAUCCAAAGUGUCCCCAAAGAGGCAUUCGCCCGUCUUCGAGCGAAAAUCAGCCUCUCAAACAACCCAUGGCACUGUGAGUGUACACUGCAGGAGGUCCUGAGGGAGCUGCGGUUGGACCCUGAGACAGUGAACGAGGUGAUCUGUCACACAGCGGUGCAGGAGGAAUAUGCUGGCAAACCGGUAAUCCAGGUGCUGGACUCAGGAAUCAACUUCUGCAACUUUCACCACAAGACCACCGACGUAGCCAUGUUCAUCACCAUGUUCGGAUGGUUCACCAUGGUGAUUGCAUAUGUCAUCUACUAUGUGAGACACAAUCAGGAGGAUGCCAGGAGGCACCUGGAGUACCUCAAGUCGCUGCCCAGCAGCUCUCAGAUCAGUAAGGACUUUGACACGAUCAGCACUGUUCUCUAG